CUGCCCUGCUUUAAACUCGGGAUCCGCGGCGCCGCGACGGCUUUGUAAACACGCCGCGCCUGCUGGGUGGAGACUGGUUCUGUGGGGGAGCUUUGGGGAGGGGUGCACGCCCCUCUUUGCGGCUGGAGGUUGCGACCCUCCUCUCCUCCCCACACCUCGCCCAAGACUGGGACCAGAUGCGGCGAGAGAGACUGUCUGCUGUCAAGAUCGAUGCUACGGGGGGCUCACCUGCCUAGGAGGUCUAACAAGCUGACCAGGUGACCAGGAAUGAAGCCAAGCAGUAAACGGAGACACCGUAAUUUCAACAGCACAUACUUUAACCUGGACAUCAUAGGUCUUUGCUGGGGACAUCUUGAUGAUGAAGAGGAGGAGCAGGAGAGGGAAGAAGAGGAGGAAAGCAUGGUGUGUGAGGAGCAGCGCUGUGAAGAGGAAGUCUUCCCCCUGGCCAUGAACUACGUGGAUCGCUACCUGUCCUGCGUCCCUACCCGCAAGGCUCAGUUGCAGCUCCUGGGUUCGGUUUGCAUGCUGCUGGCCUCCAAACUGCGAGAGACUAAGCCCCUGACCAUCGAAAAACUGUGUAUCUACACCGACUACGCUGUCUCUCCCCACCAGAUGCGGGACUGGGAGGUGCUGGUCCUGGGGAAGCUCAAGUGGGACCUUGCCGCUGUGAUUGCCCAUGACUUCCUGGCCCUGAUUCUGCACCGACUGUCUCUGCCCCGAGACCGGCAGGACUUGGUCAGAAAGCAUGCCCAGACCUUUUUGGCCCUGUGUGCUACAGAUUACACCUUUGCCAUGUACCCGCCCUCCAUGAUCGCCACAGGCAGCAUUGGGGCUGCAGUGCAAGGCCUGGGUGCCUGCUCUACAUCCGGGGAUGAGCUCACAGAGCUGCUUGCUGGGAUCACGGGCACUGAAGUGGACUGCCUGCGGGCCUGUCAAGAGCAGAUUGAAGCUGCGCUCAGGGAGAGCCUCAGGGAUGCUGGCCAGACCUCCGGGAGCCCAGCGCCUAAAGCCCCCAGGGGCUCCAGCAGCCAGGGGCCCAGCCAGACCAGCACUCCCACAGAUGUCACAGCUAUCCACCUGUAGCCCGGGAGAGGCCCCCUCGAGUGGCCACUGAUAGCAGAGGAGGGGACAUUGCCACCCCCGUCCCUGCCUACAGAGUGAACCAUGCCACAUCUGAAGCCCGAGGGGGCUCCUUCCUAUUUGCCCCUCAUGAAGCCCAAGGGGUAGGUCCCACCUAUCCCUGUGGUGUGCACUAAAGGGCCUGGCUGGCUAUGUCUGGAUAGCUGGUCAGGCUCCUCUUCCCUUGUAUUUGACCAGCUCAGUUCCUUCCCAUUGUAGCUGGCUAUGUAUGGAUCAGGCUAGUCCGAGACAAAAUUCAACUACGUAAAAUACAUGCACCAGCAAUCCUUUUUGAGGCCCCUUUGACUCUGGGGCUCUCAUGUUCUCAACUGCCAAAAUGCCCCAGUGCCUUCUAAAGGUGUCGCACCUUCUAGAGUUACUGCAUUUGGAUAGGGGUCUUCCUGAAGAAAUUUCAGAUGUUCUGAUAGACACGUGUGAGGGGAAACAGUCUAGACAGCCUUUCUUAACACACUUUGCAGGCCCUGCGUAAUCCUGCUCACAGCUAUUCUUAGAGGGGCCAGCACCAAUCAAUUCCUCCUUGCUUUGCUUUCGGCUCAGCUUCUGUGUGAUUGAGGGAGGUAGUGCUGAAGGAAGAGGUAAUUUUAAUUUAUUGAUUGCUUUGAGUACAACUGUAAGAGGGCGUGGUGGGCCCCAUCUACCCCACCAGUGGUGGUGGUAACCCUGGUGGUUGCUGCAUCUCUCCCCUCUGCUGCUGGCUAGAGUAUCUUUGUGGCCAAGGAGCUGCUAUAGCCUGGGGUGGGGUGAUGCCCUCCUCUCCCUCUGGCUCUUUGCCCCAUAACUGGGGGGGGAAGGGGGAAGAAACAGGGCUGCCCUGGAGGUAACUGAGCCCCCUGUCAGGAGAGGGAGGCAAGCCCUAUUGACACAGGUUUUUCCUAAGGCUACAAGGUCCAGGCUGGUGGCCCAGGACCAUCAUGCUACCUUAAUAAAGAUUCUGGAAUAAAAUUGGCUUUGGCUUCUUGGAUUGGGAAGUUUUGUGGAUAAAAGCCUAUUUAUUCCUAGAUUGCAUGAGGUUGUGGAGGGUGAAAACUAAUGGUCUCAAGGGGGGGUCACGGGAGCCUUUUUGGUAAAAGGGUCAGGGUAAGUAUUUUAGCCUUUGUGGGCCUUAUGGUCUCUGCCCCAGAAAUAGUCCUGCUUUAUAUGAUGUAUUUGUUCCUAAAAAUCACUGCACUAUGCAAAGUUGCACCAUAAAAACCACAGGGUUUAUGGGAAAAAUGGGGUUUGGGGCCCAACACUCAAAACGUAGUGACUUUUUUUGAGAAAGGAAAUAAAGAGGAUAGCCGUUUUUACACAUUAAAUGGUUAAGACACUCCUAAGUACUAUAAAUAAGUCUCCUUAUCUUGAAAGACACCUAAAGUUUGCUUGUGGAAGGGAAGGCUAAAAGGAUGUGGGAAGAGUUAUAACACCAGAUGUGGGUGUGGCCCCCGACCCAGGAGGUGAACACAGUCGCUGAUACAUGUCUGAGGGCUGUGUGUGUGUGUUAUCUGCCUUAGGUCAGCUGGGUGUAGUAUUCAGCUUCCACCCAGUGUUUCUCAAGGACAAAACUGCACAUAAUCAAAUUUGCUCCCCAAAUACAAUAUAUGGGUUGGAACAAAUCCACCUGUAACAAAUGUGUGUGACUAAGACGGGGUUAGAGCAGGCUGUACUGACUGCUGUCGUAGUAUGAAAGCAUGAAUGCAAACAGAUGGGUGUGACUGUGUUCUCAUUUUGCUUACAGACACGAAAUUUGAAUUUCAUGUCAUUUUUACCUGUCACCAAAUAUUGUUCUUUUGAUUUUCUCCCCAAUCAUUUAUAAGUGCUAAAG